AUUACUGAAUUUAUCUAAGACUCUUGUCCUCCUUGUUCAAAUCGAAACUGAAAGACCCCAUAUCGUGACCGCCGCCGCCGCCGCCGCCGUGCGCUCCGGUCGCCAUCUCCAUUCGCCGUCUUGCUCUCAUCUUUGGUGAAGUUUGGAGAGCUUACUGGAAUUUCUUCAGAACUUGUUGUGUGGAUGAAAGAAAAGUGACGAUGGUUGAUGCAUGAACUUAAGGGCCUUGAGGUCUGUUCCCACUGUAUUUACAGUCUAAAUCCAAAUGUGUUUGAAAGCUGAGUAUAGCACAGUGGCAGUGAGCAUGUUAGGGUGAUACAUGUGGAGUUGAGUGCGAGGGUUCAAGUGAAUAGAAAAGAAAAAUUAAGUUGGGGAAGGAGGGAAAGAAUUAAUUAGAGAGGAAGGGGUGUGGUUUUUCUGAUUUCCGAAGCAAAAAUAUCAACGAGUGAAGAAGAAAAAUGCUCUACAUAAUUGGUUUAGGGUUAGGUGAUGAGCAAGAUAUCACUCUCAAAGGUUUGGAAGCUGUGAAGAAGUGCAACAAGGUUUACAUGGAAGCCUACACUUCCCUCUUAUCCUUUGGUCUCUCCACUGAUGGCCUAUCCAACCUGGAAAAACUAUAUGGUAAACCCAUUAUUCUUGCCGACAGAGAAAUGGUAGAAGAAAAGGCCCAUGAAAUUCUUUCUGAAGCUCAUGAUGCCCAUGUUGCUUUCCUUGUUGUUGGGGACCCUUUUGGGGCUACUACUCACACUGACCUUGUUGUUCGGGCAAAGAAGAUGGCAAUUGAUGUUAAAAUUGUACACAAUGCAUCUGUGAUGAAUGCUAUCGGAAUUUGUGGUCUACAGCUUUACCGUUAUGGGGAGACUGUUUCUAUACCAUUCUUUACAGAGACAUGGAGACCUGAUAGCUUCUAUGAGAAGAUUCAAAGAAACCGAAUGAUGGGACUGCACACACUUUGCUUGUUAGAUAUUCGGGUGAAGGAGCCCACACUAGAAUCUUUGUGCAGAGGAAGAAAAACGUAUGAACCACCCAGAUAUAUGACAAUCAACACGGCCAUUGAGCAGCUCUUGGAGAUUGUGGAAGCACGUGAAGAAUCUGCCUAUAAUAAGGAUACAGAAUGUGUUGGCCUUGCUCGGCUUGGUAGUGAAGAUCAGAUGAUAGUAGCUGGAACAAUGAAGCAGUUGCAGUUGAUUGAUUUUGGAGCACCUUUGCAUUGCCUUGUUAUAACAGGCAAGACCCAUCCCGUGGAGGAAGAAAUGCUGGAUUUUUACAGAUGCAGGACAUAGAUAUACAACAUUUAAGACAGCAGGACCAGUAUAAUUUAAAAAAAAAAAAAAAAAAAAAAAAAAAAAAAAAAAAAACUUGUUUGUUUCUGUUAAAGGAGCCCUGGUAUUUUUGUUCUUUAAAACAUUUUGGUUGCUAAUCAGGGCUAAAAGUUAACUAAAUUAAUUGGUGGCGGAAGAUUAUGGUGUACCGGGUUUUAAUUUGGUGAGUGUGCUGAACGAACACAUUUUCCUUUUUCUUUUUUGAAAUUCAGUUGAUUGUUCUAGAGAUACCAAAAGAUAUAGAUCUAAAUAUCCGUUGAAGAACUA